AUGGGGUCGGGCGAUUUAAAUCUGUUGAAAUCAUGGAAUCCCAAACUUAUGAAAAAUAGAAAAAAAGUCUGGGAGACCGAGCAAGAUCUUAUUAACGAACAACAGAAGCUUAACACGCGAUUGAAAGAAAUUGAGAAGGAACGAGAACUAAAUGAACUGCUCAACGAAUCAAACAAGAAUAAGCCGGAUGCUCUCAAGAACGACUUGGCUUUGAAGAAAUCUGGCUUGGAAUGGAUGUAUCAGGAUGCUAAACUGAGUGACGAGAAGGAAGACUAUUUAUUAGGUAAGAAAAAACUAGAUUCAUCUAUACUAAACCAGCCUGCAACAAUGACGGCAAGGGCAACCACUACUGCUACCGUCUCUGGUGCCGCAACGCCCAUAAGCUCGCAGAAGAAAAAGUCCAAAUUGCUUAAGGAUGAUCCUAUGAGUAAGUUUAAGGUCACAAAACAACAGACAAGAACUCCAAAUGCAGUAAAAAAAAGAACAACGCCUCAACGCGGGAAGUCGUUGUCCAAGCCCGCCCCGGACUUGGACUAUUAA